CACGGCCGCAAGCCACUUCUUUUUAUUUGUUCUUUUUUAUUUAUAUUGUGCCAUUGCUUUUGCAGCAGGAAGGUCGUCGCGGCUCUGGGGUUUAUUUUCGAGUAAUUACGUAUUUUUCGCGCUUUUCCUCUGAGGAAAAAAAUGUGUUCGAAAAAGUGAAGAGUGUUUUUCUUGAGUUUUAAGUGUUGAAAAAAAACUGUUGAACAACAAAAAUGAUUGCCAACGGGCAUGUAGUAGGAGAUGGAUCCUGGGAUUUGAGGGUAUUUGUGACCGAUUUACAAACCGAAAGGCAAAUUCGAGUUAAAGGAGAUGUACAUAUCGGUGGAGUUAUGUUACGUUUGGUCGAAGACUUAGAAAUUUCCAUGGAUUGGUCCGAUCACGCCCUCUGGUGGCCCGCACAAAAUAUUUGGUUGACGAGGGACAAGGUCUACGCUGGAUCAAUGCGGAGUCCAUGCGGACGCUUUAUUACAUUUCACACCGAUGCACAAAAUUUUAAGGGUUCAAUUGCCAGAUCUUAGGUAUUUAGAUAUGAGGGUGGACUGCUCAAUAAAAACCUUCUCUUCGGUGGUGCACGUGUGUAAAGAAUUAGGAAUCAGGCAUCCGGAAGAAUUGUCGUUUUGUAAGCCCUUGGAACCCAAUCACCUAAAGUACAACUACAAAGAUAUGCCAAAGAAGAAACACGAUCAAAACGGUACUCAUCAUAGAAAUGGACAUUUGGCGCCAGAUACAAAUACAUUUAUAGCAAACAGUAGUCCAGCCGGAAGCACAGGUAGUUUAGAAAAUUCACAAUUUAUGUGCGCGCCAGUCACACCUUCCAGAGUACCGCCAUCUUCGACGCCUAUUAGUAGUCCAGCUGGAAAUGGUACAUGGAAGAAAAACGGUUUUGGCACUACGGACCUAAACGGCACUUAUUCACCAAACGUUACAAGCAAUAGCCUAAGUCUUGAACAUCUAAACGGCACAUUUGACAGUAGUUUAGCUUCCAGCCCUCCAACGCCAGCCGCCGAGGCUAAGAGGCACCUCGUGAGGCCAAAAACGCUUGUCGAGAAAGCCAGGAUGAAUGUCGCCUGGCUGGAUUCCUCCCUUUCAAUUAUGGAACAAGGCAUCAGAGAGCACGACACAUUAUGUCUGAGAUUCAAAUUUUACGUUUUCUACGAUUUAAAUCCAAAAUACGACGCCAUAAGAAUAAAUCAGAUUUACGAACAGGCCAAAUGGCAGUUGCUUAAUGAGGAGAUUGAUUGUACUGAGGAGGAAAUGUUGAUGUUUGCUGCAUUACAGCUCCAAAUCAACCUUCAAGCCAGUCAACCUCAGCAAUACCGUUCCAUUGACAGCAACGGCGGCACACCUUCACCCCUGGAGGACGACAUCGAUGCCGCUCUGAACAAUCUCCAAAGCACCUUGGAAGGUUCCAGCAUCAGUGCACAUUCAAAUGACAUCACUUCUGUGCCGGAGUUAAAGGACCAGUUACGAUUCCUCAAACCUAAACGUUUCACGCUUAAAGCCUACAAAAAGUACUGGUUCACUUGCCGAGACCUUCACCUCUACAUGUAUAAGAAUCGUGAAGAUAUGGUCCAUAACAUUAAUUGCGUCAUGAAUAUCAACCUCAAAGGUUGUGAGGUGACUCCUGACGUGCACAUCAGCCAGAACAAAUAUGUCAUUAAGCUAGAGGUGCCUAGUGCCGAUGGGAUGUCAGAAAUGUAUAUACGCUGCGAUGACGAGACUCAAUACUCUAGAUGGAUGGCUUGUUGCCGCUUAGCCUCGAAAGGACGUUCUUUAGCCGACAGUUCUUACGAAACUGAAAAACAAACGAUUUUGGACUUCCUGAAUCUCCAAAGGCGAACAGAGCAGCCUGUCAUCAAUCCUAGCUCGUUGGAUAUACAGACUGAGGACUAUUUAUCGCCAAAAUACUUGAAAAAAUCCAAAGGAAAGCUAACACAAAGGAUCUUAGAAGCCCAUACAAACGUGAAAGAUCUGUCAUUGGUUGACGCCAAAAUGAACUACAUUAAAGCCUGGCAACUGUUGCCCGAUUACGGCAUCACCCUGUUUGUGGUCAAAUUUAUGGAUUCUAAAAAAGAGGAAUUGUUAGGUGUGGCUUAUAACAGAAUAAUGAAAAUGGACAUCAACUCGGGAGACCAUCAGAAAACUUGGAGGUUUAACACGAUGAAAGCUUGGAAUAUUAAUUGGGAAAUUAAACAUAUGAUGGUGCAAUUUGAAGAGGGAAAUAUUGUGUUCAGCUGUCAAUCGGCUGAUUGUAAGGUUAUCCAUGAAUUUAUCGGUGGAUACAUUUUCUUAUCGACAAGAUCCAAAGAUGCCAGUCAAACGUUGAAUGAAGAAUUGUUCCAUAAAUUGACAGGAGGAUGGUCAUAAGUUAAGCUGGUGACUUUUGUAGAGUAAUUUAUUGCAGGAUGGUCUUUGUUGAGGCUUAAUUUUUAACAAAACUUUUUCUUCCAAUCUUUCCCAGAUUUUGUAACGAUUUUUUUGGGGCUUUAGUAAUUUACAAAUUUUGAAAUUCUUAUGGAAAGUCAGUCCUAAUAGGCAAUCUACUUAAAGUUUUUAUUGAGCAUAUAAUAUUUUGUCUCAAGUGCAUUGUGCAUAUUAAUAAUUUUUGGCACUAAUAUUAAUUUUAGCCUCUUAUGCACUUGUUCAUCAACUAACCAAAUUUGUCUUUGGUUUCUUUUAAUGUUUUUUUUUUCCAAAAAUAAUUCAAACUUUUGGAUCUUUUGAAAUCGACUAUAUUUAAAGAAUCCAAUAAUUUUUGUUGAAUUUGAUUUGUUGUUGGAGAAAAUUUCUUAGACGAUUUUAUGAAUAGAGAUGUUUAUUAUUUGUAAAUAGAAUUUAUUUUGUUAAUAUUUUAUUGCAACGUGUUACAGGCGGCAUUGCCUUGUAAUGAAAUUUUAUUUAAAUAUUUAUUGAGGAUUGUAACAUAUUGAGAAAAAAAAAAUGCGUUUAUGCUUAUGGAAAAGUUGCCUUUUUCGGAUUUUUAGAUAAUUAUUGUUGUUGCUUAGAUGUUAACUGAACGAAACCAUAAGAUCUAGGUGCCUUAUUGUGUGGAUUUCCAUAAAUUAGUGAAAAUAUUAACGUUAGAUCUUAUGGGGACGAGUGUUUUAUUUUUAAACUACUUACUACUAUUAUAUUCUAAUGUUACUAAAGUUUUUAGAAAAAAAAAUUGAAAAUAUAUUUUUACCCAAGUUUUUAACUUCCGGAACCAUUUUUUCUUAUACAGGAAAUACAUACAUACAAACCUAUUUUAUAUAAAUUGAUAUUAUUGUAUAAAUAAAACAGUUUUAUCUAUUAAUAAAGUAUAUUAUUAUUAACAAAAAAAAUAAAGUUUUAUUUAUAUAUUAAAGAAUGCAAUGACCCAGAAAAAUAAAUUGCUCAUCUUAUUUUCGAUACAAACAAAAUUAGUCGAAAAUAAUGGUUAUAAUAUACAAUGUUGCCAUCAUUAAUGUUUAAUCGUAAUUAUUGACAUACAUAUCGUCGUCGUUAUAAUCGUCAUAAUAAUCUUCAACCCAGUCAUCAAAAUGGUCGUCGUCAUAAUAAUCUUCAACCCAGUCAUCAUAAUGGUCGUCGUCAUAAUAAUCUUCAACCCAGUCAUCAUAAUGGUCGUCAUCAUCCUCACCUACAAAAUUGACAUAUUUCAUUUUAUAUUUUUUCUGAUAAUAGAUAACAUAGGCAGGGUAAUACGAAGCAUCAUCAUAUUUAACCAAAACAGUUCCAGUUUUAUUCUUGGAAGUGUACGAAGCAGGAGCUUUUGGUACUAUUGUAUCUUUAGAUCCAGUUUCCAGCGGAUUGCCAUAAAACAUUUUAGCCAGCACCAUGACUUUAUUGAUUUUUUUGCAAUUCUUUGGAUAAUGAGUAGCGAAUGUUGAAUUCUUGGCGAAUGAGAUUCCCUUUCCAAAUUUGUGAGUUAUG